CUCUCCCUGGCUCCCCAGCAAGUAGGGAUACUGAGCACCCUCCACUGCAAGAAGUUGAGACUGGCUGUGGAAGAGGCGACUAGUGCCACGCCCACUCCUCUGGAAGGCCUCAGCCACAACUGGGUCUCCGAGUGGCUGAGGAUGAUUGGUCUCCCAGGUUACGUCAGAACUUUCGUCGAAGCCAGGAUCGACAGUCACAUGCUCAACGUCAUCUCCAUGGUAAACGACCCGUUUCACCUCCUGAGUCUCAAGAGAGCCAUUCAGGCAUUUAGAAUGUGUGGCUACGAUCACAACUACCUCAAGGAUCCCGCAGCUGCUUCUCAGGGAUCUCAGAAGCUGCUCCACUGGACAGCUCAGGAUGUCAAGAACUGGCUGUGGAACAUCAAUCUGGACGAGUAUGUUGCAGCUCUGGACAACGCCGGGCUUCACGGAGCACUCAUGUUGCUAGAGCCCCGGUUCACCACUGAGACUUUGGCACGACUCCUGGGGAUCCAGAGCAGCCAGGUCCUCAUCUGCAAACACCUCACCAAGAGCUUCAUGGACCUCCUUGGCCCCGUCGCCACUCAGAAGAAGAUCGACGCCAUGCAGACCAAGAACUUUCAGUGUAUUGUCCCCACGGCCGAGCAGGGAAAGGGCAAAGGUCGUGGGAAGUUUCGUCACCCGAAGGCGGAGGAGGAGAACAUGUUGCUCUGCUCUCUGACUGAGUUUCCUCCAGUCGACCCAGCUCAAGUCCCUACCUUGUCUGAGCUACUUCGCUGCUACAUCUGCACAGACCCUCUCCAAGAUGCUUCUCUCUGUCCAAACUGCUCUAAAAUGAGCUGCUACUCCUGCAUCAGGCGAUGGGUGACAACUGACAAAGCCAACUGCCCGCACUGCAGAGCUCCACUGACGGAGAGCUCUCUAAUUAGAGUGCCCCUGUUUGACGAACUGAGACAUGAGUUAGAGCAGCUACCUACUAACCCUCUGGAGGGGAAACCUCAGUUCAGAGAGAGACAUUGCUCCCAGCACAAGGAGAAGGUGUCGGUGUUUUGUGAGACUUGUCGUCUCUGCGUGUGCCACGAGUGUGUCCUCUGGGAAAGCAGUCCUCAUCGCAACCAUAAGUUUGUCAAACUGGAGGUCCUACUGCAGAAACAGACCAAGAUCUGCGAGCAACAGCUCUGCAGACUCCAUGAGCACAUGAAGAUCAUCCUCAACCAGGUCCAGGCGGUGGAGAGAAAGAUGGAGGCAGUCAAAGGGAGCAAGAUAAAGGCUCGAAGAGAGAUGAAGGAAGCAUUUGAGAAGAUGAUGGAGCGCCUGGAGGCACAGUACGUGGCCAAACAAGGGAAACUUGGAGAGACCAGACAGAAACUGAAGGGACAGGCCAUGCAGCUCACCAGAACCACCAGAGACCUGGAGAACAAGAUCAAGAGUGGGUCCAUCGCAUGUCUCCUGAGUGAAAACGGAGAGCUGAGGAAAGAUGUACUUGACAAGUUGGAGGAGCUGCAAUCUGUGGAGAUUGAGCCCAUGCCCAGUAUUGGAGAGUUCUUGAAUGAGGUGGUGCCCAGCUAUACCACCAGUGUGUUCAAAGUCGCGCCAUACUCCCAGCUAAAGGAACAGGGAGACGAGGUAUACAGCAAGCCACUCCACAUGUACGGCACAGUCUGGAGACUCAAGAUUUAUCCAAAUGGACAUCGGGAAGACACUGGGCUCUAUCUGAGCGUGUUUCUGGAGCUGACUGAUAGCCAUGAUAAGAAGUUCAAGUACCAGUACUGCAUCGAGAUGCUCUACAGCUGUUCCAACAAACAUCCGUCACGAAACUACAAGAAGGAAUACGUGUCUGAUUUUGAGGACGGAGAGUCUUGGGGCUACCGGAAAUUCUAUGAACUUGCAAAACUGGAGAGUGAUGGGUUCCUGAGAGAUGACACUCUGGUCUUGCGGUUCAGCGUGAGGCCACUCACAACCCACCAGAAAUGCCGAGACCUCUCCACACACGUCCGUCGACUGGAACACCGCGUGGAGAGCCUUCAAAAGGAGCUGAAGCAAACGAAGGAGAAUACGCGUCCGUCUUCUUCCGGCUCUGGGUCCAACACAAGCUCAUCUACUCAGGGGCAAAACGAGGCUCCCCCUGCUAGUUACCCUAAUUCCCCGUCUCGCUCACGAUCAGUUCGACACCAGCACCAGCACUCCCACUCGGAGCCCAUUCCUCCCAGUCCCAGUGACAGGAGUCCUCGAGUGAGGGAGGACCGAUCUCGAGAACGGCGACACGAGCAGGCCAUGAGGAGAGAGCAGGAGACGCGAAACAGCGAAGAGAGAAGACGAAGCGAAGAAAGACAUCGCAGUGAGGAGAGAAGGCGCAGUGAGGAAAGACGACGUGAGCAGGAGAGACGGUACGACCAGGAGCGACGAAGAGAGAGGGAGAGGAGGCAGGGGGAGAGAGACUACAGAGAACAUCUCCAGGUGGCCAUGAGUCAGCAGCACUCUGUGCGAAACAACUCCCAGCAGCUGCCGGGGGUCAAGGAGAGGAGCUACCACUCACAGCAGAGGCAGAGUGGAGAGCCUCCGCAGUACCGCUCCCAGCGGAGGGACUCCAGGGAGGGACUCAGGGAACACCGCAGACGCUCCGCCGAUCCAACUCUCCUUCAACACCACUUUGACAACCCCAUCUCCCCGCCCAUGUACCGACACACGUUGGUCCCGCCCCCUGCUCUACCGCACGGAGCAUCUCAGCGUCAGGAGCACCUCAAUUUCCGACGAGACUCGGCCGGUUCAGUGCCCGACGAGGCUGAGUUUGGGAGUCAGGCGUCACUGCUCGCAUCACCCGCCCGCCACGGAAUGGACCGGGCCCCACGGUUUGAAGAGGGUAGCGGAGACGAGACUGGCUGCUCCCAGCCACACCCCUGGGGAGAUCCGCCCCUCUCCCACACCGACAUCCAAAUCAGCAUCAAGGAUCUCGGGGUACCCCACUCCAGACCCCAUCACACCGGAGGACCCCUCCACCUCUACCACGCCCAGAGCCAAGAGCAGUUUAUCGACGACGACGACGAACUUGGAGGGGGAAGGAUAGUGUUUAAUCUCCAUGACGACAGCCAUGCCCACCACAGCUUCAAGACGUCGGACAUGCCGUCCCACACCUCGGCUCUGUCGCAGCCUGUUCACAGCAGCCGUCGUCGGUUCCAGUCCUCAGUACCGGACCUCUCCCUCCUCACAGUCACAACCUCUUCAAACCUGGCUCAGGGUCUUUCGCAAUCCGUCCUCGACAUGUCUCGCCAGCGGGGUGGAGACCACGCCUCUGGACUCCGCCCACAUCACGAGGUUCCCCGUGGCAACGGAGCUCACCGAUCGUCCUCGCAAACCUACCACACCCACCUGAAUCGCAUGCCGAGCGACCCCCACCUCAACAGUGAUGGUGUGCAUCACCCGGGGCUCAUGAGAACACUCCUCGUGCGGCUGAAGGAGGAACCAGAGCACUCCCCCACUGUCCAUCGCCGGAGAACGAGGGGCGGGGUAGUGGGCGGAGCUUCAUCGUCCUCGCAGCCCCCGAGGAGAGGGUACAGUGAGAUCAGGAACAGACGAAGGACUCCAAGUCCUAGUCCACAGCAGCCCUCUCAGACCCAGCCACCCGCCAGUACCAGCCACCAGUCUCCUGAGACUGCUGCCACUUCUGGCCACACCUCCUCCCAGAGGACAUCAUCCUCAGGCAGUACUAGCAACAGCAACCCUGAGCUGACCCCAACAAACACUCAGCCUCCACUCCCCUCCACUUCUGCUGCAACCGAUGCCCAACCAAUUACCUCCCUAACGACAGGGACCCUGGGGCUGGCGGGAAAGAGCAGCAGCAACACUUCUCUCUCGAACCUUGACCUCAUCUGCACUGUUGACAGUGUCACGAGCCACUACUUGCAGCAGGUGUCCACAGCCUUCCUGCUCCUCUCGCUGGCUGGCUGGAUCACAUUUGGUGUAGGAUUUGGUCUCAGGAACUUUGAAUACAGCAAAGAGGAGACCCUGCCUCGGGCAUCUCUGUACCCUGACUUCACCAUUCUCUGGAUAUUUGGAGUCUCCUUCCCAGUCCUGUUUGUCCUGACUGUCGUGGACCUGUUCUGUACAUACAGACUCACCACUUCACUUGCAUUCUUCAUUCUGCCCAUCUACCUCGUGUCAGCUGGUGGAGUCCUCUUCAUUGAUGGCCAAUACAUCUACCAGUAUUACAAGGUGGAGUCAUUCUUGGAGGGCGGAGUCAACCAGAGCUCGGCUGUUUUCUCUGACCUGGACCUGAGACUGGUGCUGGCAGACAUCUCCAUCGUCUCACCCGACUUCAGUCUCGCCCCUCUCCUGACUGAUCUGGACAUCCAUGGCAACGACAAAUACACUCCUAUUGAAUUUGCUGGAGCAGCUUCAACUGUCAUCUUCUCAUGGCUCUAUCUAGUGGUAACUCCAUAUUUCUCUCCAAGAAAAGAUUAUGACUUAUAUGACUGAACUUCACAUGUGAUAAAAAAUUAUUUCACGCACAAAACACACACACACAUACAAAUACACAAUUAAUUUGUCAUUAAUAGCAAAAAUAUGGUGAUCAGUACUAAUGAAACAUGGCUGACAAGGGGCGUGGUACUAGCCCCUCCCACUACAUGUCUCGUUGAACCAACUCUACGAGAACAGUCGCCUUCUCUUCCGACA